CUAUUGGAAUUGGUUAUCUUGAUAACCGGAAAGUUAAACCAAACCGGUAGCUUAUCGUAUUUUGCUAAGUGUCACUUGUUAAGAUUGGUAAUAGUCGAGUACUUAAUAUCUUUUCUUCAUUCAUUACAACAAACUCCUCUUGAGACCUAGAGAGAGAGAGAGAGAUAGUGAGAGAUUUAGAUCAACAGAUUUGAAUCGAUUUCUGCAAAAAUGCAGUACAAGAAUCUGGGGAAGUCGGGUUUGAAGGUGAGCACGCUCUCAUUCGGAGCAUGGGUUACGUUUGGGAACCAGCUCGAUGUGAAGGAAGCGAAAUCGAUUCUUCAGUGUUGUCGUGAUCAUGGAGUCAAUUUCUUCGACAACGCCGAGGUUUACGCUAAUGGUCGCGCUGAGGAGAUUAUGGGUCAAGCGAUUCGUGAGCUGGGUUGGCGUCGAUCCGAUAUCGUCGUCUCUACCAAGAUCUUCUGGGGUGGUCCUGGUCCUAAUGAUAAGGGUUUAUCGAGGAAACAUAUCGUCGAAGGCACUAAAGCUUCUCUCAAACGACUUGAUAUGGAUUAUGUUGAUGUGCUCUAUUGCCACAGGCCGGAUGCUUCAACUCCUAUUGAAGAGACGGUUAGGGCGAUGAACUACGUGAUUGAUAAGGGUUGGGCAUUCUAUUGGGGAACCAGUGAAUGGUCAGCUCAACAAAUUACCGAGGCAUGGGGAGCUGCUGACCGGUUGGAUUUGGUUGGUCCAAUCGUUGAACAGCCAGAAUACAACAUGUUUGCCAGGCACAAAGUUGAGACAGAGUUUCUUCCUCUGUACACCAACCAUGGUAUAGGUCUCACUACUUGGAGCCCACUUGCAUCGGGUGUGCUCACUGGUAAAUACAACAAGGGAGCUAUUCCCUCAGACAGCCGAUUUGCAUUGGAGAACUACAAAAACCUUGCCAAUAGAUCACUUGUGGAUGACGUGCUGAGGAAAGUUAGCGGUCUCAAACCCAUUGCAGAUGAGCUAGGUGUAACCUUGGCUCAGCUUGCAAUCGCAUGGUGUGCUUCAAAUCCUAAUGUGUCAUCCGUUAUCACUGGUGCCACAAGGGAGUCACAGAUUCAAGAAAAUAUGAAAGCUGUUGAUGUGAUCCCAUUGUUGACACCUGUUGUUCUGGACAAGAUUGAGCAAGUGAUACAGAGCAAACCAAAACGUCCUGAAUCGUAUCGGUAAAACCAAAAUCCAAGAUCUUUCUUUCCUAUUCAAUCGCUUUCAAAAGAGUGUUGCAGGAAAAAGAUAAAGAAAACAUUAGAAGAAGAUGUGUGAUGUUUGUUGUUGGAUGUUUUGUCUCGUGUUGGCUUUGUUUGUUCUCUUUGGCAGCUUAUGCAUUUUUAAGACUCAGACAGAGAAAGAGAGAGAGUAAUGUGUUUUUUUAGUUGUUGUUUCAUCAUUUAAAAACGGUCUUAUUGUUACUUGUUAGUAGUGAAACUUAAAGUUUGGUUUUUGUAGUUGCGAUAUCAUGACGUCAAUAUAUUGAAUAGCGCAUCAAACAA